GUGAACCGAAAGAGGAAACGCUUGACCCGAACCCUGCGGGAUGGAGCUGCGGCGCUUCUGGCUUCUCUGCUGCUGCUGCUGCUGCUGCUGCUGCUGCGGUGCUGACGCCACCCGGAUCCCGCCACGGGGCCGUCACCCGCCUGCCGCCUUCCGGGAAAGUCUUCAUAGACAUCGGUACUUGAAUUCUUUAUUUUCUCAUGAAAACUCCACUGCCAUUUAUGGAAUAAAUCAGUUUUCUUAUUUGUUUCCUGAAGAAUUUAAAGCUAUUUAUUUAAGAAGCAAACCUUCCAGAUUCCCCAGAUUCCCAGCAGAAGAGCAAACGUUCAUCUCCAACAUCUCUUUGCCCUUAAGAUUUGACUGGAGGGACAAGCACGUUGUAACAUCAGUGAGAAACCAGCAGACUUGUGGCGGGUGCUGGGCCUUCAGCGUGGUGAGUGCAGUGGAGUCUGCAUAUGCCAUAAAAGGACAGCCUUUGGAGGUCCUGAGUGUCCAGCAGGUCAUAGACUGUUCAUACAACAACUAUGGCUGCAAUGGAGGGUCCACACUCAAUGCUUUGUACUGGCUCAAUAAGACACAAGUAAAAGUGGUCAGCGAUUCAGAAUACCCGUUUAAAGCCCAAAAUGGCCUCUGCCAUUACUUUUCUUGUUCACAUUCUGGAGUUUCAAUCAAAGAUUACUCUGCAUAUGACUUCAGUGGCCAAGAAGAUGAAAUGGCAAAGACACUUCUUACCUUAGGCCCUCUGAUAGUGAUAGUGGAUGCAGUGAGCUGGCAGGAUUACCUGGGAGGCAUUAUACAGCAUCAUUGCUCAAGUGGAGAAGCAAAUCAUGCUGUUCUAGUAACUGGCUUUGAUAAAACAGGAAGUACCCCAUACUGGAUUGUGCGGAACUCCUGGGGAAGUGCAUGGGGCAUUGACGGUUAUGCCCUUGUUAAAAUGGGAGGUAAUAUUUGUGGUAUUGCAGAUUCUGUGUCAGCUGUAUUUGUGUGAUGUGUUGGAUGGAGCAAGAGACAGCUGCAAAACUGAAGAUUUAUAAUGAGAUAUAAUACUUCAUUCUUGGCAUUUUGCACCUUUAGUCUUUGGCAAAGUGUUCUAGGGCCUGGUAAUGUUUAAACUAAGUUGUAGAAUACACUCUUCUUUUUUUUUUUUAAAGAUUUUUUUUAUUAUUAUUAUAGU